GUUUCCCACAAUGCAGCGCGACGCGCUGUCCCCGGUGCUGAUGCUCAGCGCUGCCCCGGAGCCUCCGCCGCGCCCACCUCCCGCCCUCUCGCCGCCGGGCCCGGGCCCGGGCCCCCGCCAUGGCUCGGCUCGGCCCAGUGUUGCCCCGGAGCCGUCGGGGGGCCUGGGCGCGGCUCUCGACAGCAGCCUGCGGGCUGCCGUGGCGUUCAAGGCGGAGGGCCAGCGCUGUUACCGCGAGAAGAAGUUCCGGGAAGCCAUCGGCAAGUACCAUCGGGCACUACUACAGCUGAAGGCGGCGCAGGGGGCCCGCCCUGGCGGCCUGCCUGCCCCCGCCCCCGGACCCACUACCAGCCCCGGUCCGGCACGCCUUAGCGAGGAGCAGCGGCGCCUGGUGGAAAACACGGAGGUGGAGUGUUAUGACUCUCUCACUGCUUGCCUGCUGCAGUCGGAGCUGGUGAACUAUGAGCGCGUGCGUGAAUACUGUCUCAAGGUUCUGGAGAAGCAGCAAGGCAACUUCAAGGCCACCUACCGCGCUGGCAUUGCCUUCUACCACCUGGGUGACUACCCACGCGCGCUGCGCUACCUGCAGGAGGCCCGCAGCCGGGAGCCCACAGACACCAACGUCCUGCGCUACAUCCAGCUGACGCAGCUGAAGAUGAACCGGUGCAGCCUCCAGCGGGAAGACAGUGGGGCCGGGGCCGGGGCCGGGGCCCGGUCUCGGGAUGUCAUUGGCUGAGGCCACCCCUGGGGAAAGGUUCCCUAUUCCCACUUACCCACCUUGCUAUGUAACUGCCCCCUGACUCAUGUGCUCUGUGGUAAAACACUUGUCACUGGUGACCAUA